AUGACGAACGUAAAGGUCAUAGUUUUGUGCUUGGAUGGUGGGGAAACGAGGAACAAAACGGGCAGCGAGCGAGGUGCCCUCGUGGUACAAAGGAAUGACACAUGCGAGUUCAUGGAUAUUGUCAAAAUGCGUUUGCAAGCCCUUGGGCCCGGCGAAAAGCUGGAACACGCCAAUCAGCUCUCCUACAGGAAGAAGCGCCUUGAUGCGGGCCAUUCGGCGGCCGCCCACCCAAUAAUGCUGGCAAAGAGUGAAGUCGUUGGAUGUGGUGCGGGCGGUUUUGAUCAAGGUGAAAAGCUCCACGUCGGGCGGCACAUGCAAGUCUGCCUCGAACACUUCCAAGUCUUUCAUGCGAGUCAAAGCAUUGUUGAAGUUGCUGAAGCGAAGAUGCGAUUUGGCAAAGCCCGAGUAGAGCCGGGGCAAAUGGAACGCCACGUUGACAUCUACAGGCGGGCAAACAUGCUGCAACUCGAUAAUGGACGGAAGAUGGGUCGACACCAAGUGGAUGGGCUCGGCCAAAAAAUAAAACUCGUUGUGGCCGCUUGUGUUGCACACGGCGCCAUUUUGGAAGCAAAAGAGGUCGACGAGGCGAAAGACGCCCGCGCGCGCGCCCGUUUCGAGCAUCACCGAGAGCCAACAGUGGUUGACUACAAAGUGGUCGGAAUGGUAGAACUCGUUUGGUUUUUUCCAGAAUCCCACAACCACCUCGGCCGGAAUCCGCAACGCCUCAAGCAAUUUCUUGAACAAGUAGUUGAGCUGGAAAAUGGUGGCUGCGCCCUUUUCCAUCACCUCGGAAAGGCGCGGUUUCGCGAGCAGAAUGCGUUCGGGCUCCUCGAUUAUACGGAACUGGCACAAGUGCAAAAGAAGCGCGCGCACCAUAUCGACGCGCGAGGCGCCGAAUUUCACGCUCACGGCAGAGAUCACAUCAUUGAAGUCGGUCGAACGCGGAUACUUGGCGGCAAAAUCAGCCACUUUGCGCUUGUUGGGCGUCGGUGGCGCCUGCGGAUGCUCGCCAAAUGUCUCACUGACAUUUAUUGGCGUGACAUACUCGAGCGGCUUGACGAUGAAAUUGGGUUCGGCGCGCGCGAGUCGCCGAGUGCGCAUCUGCUUGUCUUGGGUCGAGAGCGUGUUGGCGCGAUUGAGCGCCGUUUUCACCGCGCGCCAUUCGUCGCCCGCACUGAGCCGCUGUUCAAGCAAGUUCUCUGCGCUUUUGCGCCGAAGCAUUUUGAAAAGGCGCGGCCGGUCAUCUUCGGGCGCUUCAUACUUGUGUCGCAUGAACGAGCCGGCGCUGGUGGCACUGAGCUCGGACAAGUUGAGCACGUCGCUCUGGAGAGAUUUGAGCGACGACUUGAGUUCUGA